GAUGCCGGUGUGAGGCCGGGAAACUCUUGGCAGGCUCCACCGAAAUUUUGUUCGCCGACCUUCACCCUUUUCAAGACACCAUCCCCGCGCAACCUGUAUGCCCAACACACCUGUACACCAUGUCGGAAAAGAAGAGAAAGAGAGAGUCGGAGAAAGGAGACCGGCCUCCGAAGAAGGUGGCUUUUCAUGCGCCGGAGACGGUCAAGGUUCAGCUGCUGGAGGAUAACGAUGUACUGGGGCCUGUUAUAGCAUCCACGCCCGGGCUCUCAUUUCCCUCCAAGAUCGCACUCAAGCCCUACAAGAGCGGCGUUGUGGGAGGCGUCUUGCCCCCUGGCAAAAAGCUCCCUGCGAAGCUCAUCCUGCACUCCUCCGACCACCCAAUGCUAGACUACACAGCCCGAGAAGAGAAAGACGGCAGCGCCGACAGCCUGCUUAGGCACUACGUCGGCAUCUACGACCCUGACAGCGGCGAGCUCAAGCUCAUGGAGGCACAUAAAGUCACAGUCCGGAGCACAUUGCGAAGCGAGGAGGAAGAACUACGGCGAGAUCGGGAAGCAGCUGCACAGCUAAAGCGACCAACAAUCGCAAGCAAACUCGAAACCCUAGGCAUGGAAUUCGGCAACAAGAAAACCAGAAAGGCAAUCGACGACCGCACCACCAACGCCAUCACCCGCGACCUCCCUCGACUCGCAUCGCCCGGUGGCACUAUUCCCCCACCUCCCUCCGAUACCGUGGCCGCCGCCGUGCUCAGCGCCAUGGAAGCCUCUACCUCGAAUAUGCCCACGAAAGACGAGCAGACUGCUGCGAUGGAAGAGGGGAAGCCGCGGCCAAAGGCAAAUCUAGACGCCAAGAUACCCGCUGAGGUCUACACCAUCUCUUCGCUAAUAGGGAACGAGAUCAUGGGCUUGAUCAACGUGAAAGACUGGGUAGAUGCAGCGGAAGCGAAAGUGCCGGUAAAAGUGAACAGCCGGUUCGUGGCGAAGCGGAUACAGACACUGGCGGCGGGCAAGGAUAUCAAGAAGUUGAAGGUGCUGCGAUUUAUUUUGCUGCUGAUGAUGUUUAAAGACCAGUUGCGACAGAGGGGCGGAAGGGGGCCCUAUACGAUCCCCUUUCGAGAUAAAUUCAACGAGGCUAUGGGCGGGAAUGCGCCGUUGGUGCAAGCGUUGAAAAGGAAGUUUGCGAAUGAGAAUGCUGAACUCACUCGAUGGCACCUCAACUACCUCAUUUCUCACGUCUGCGCCGCCGCUCUCAUCGUAGACGACUUUGUUGUCGACACCUACGAUCUGAAAGACGAUUUGAAGAUGACGACGCCUGAACUCAUGACCCUCUUCAAAGAAAUCGGCGCGCGCGACUCCACCCCCACCGACACGGAGCGCGAACGCUACAGGAUAAAAUCGAAAGCGGAGGCCGUCGCGCACCGGAUGGCGAAACUGCGGAUCCCGUUGGUGUUUCCGAAGCAGAGGGUUAUGGGGCCGAAGAGGAGGGGAUAAAGGAAUCCAGACAGUUUUGCGUACCGGUAGAGAGCAUGCUUUAUAUAUCCCAGUCUCAAAAUAUCACGAAAGAUUUCAGAGGUCA